GUCGGUAUAGCAAAGCAGGUGGUGGUGUUGUGUAACAUUUUCUUCUGAAUUUUAUCAAAAACAAUCCCAGAACAUGCUAAGUUAUAAAUAUUACGAUUCUCCAGAAGGUCACGAUAUCUACAAAAAAGCUUUCGUCACUUCCAAAUAUGCUGCCUUAUCAGGUUUUGGUGCUGCUACGUUCGACGUUCUUAUGUACUCCCAUCCAAAGGGUAUAAUAAACACUGCUGGAAGAUACUUAUGGUACCUUGGCCCUCUGGUAGGAAUGGCAUCUGCGUUUAGCGUCACUGCUAACGUUGCCCAAAAUAUUAGAGGCAAAAAUGAUAAACUAAAUUACUUUCUUGGUGGUGUGGCUGCUGGUUCAGUCUAUGGCGCUUGGCAAAGAUCUCUUACAGCCGGUGUCCCAGUGGCCGUUGUUCUGGGAGCCAUAGCGGUUGUCAAGAAAACUGGUAUUGAUGAAGGAUGGACCUUUAUACCAGACAUACCGCAAGCAACGAAAACGAUACAGUCUGUAAGGCACGAUUGGACUUACUCAAAAGAUGUUGAAGAACUAAAGACCUGGACCACAGGUUCCAACUGAACACCAUUGAGUCACAAUGUUGGUAAUGUAAAUAAAAUCCAGACUAUGUAAUUAAAC